AUGGGCGAAGCAGUACCUGCGCCUCCGAUUUCAACAACGAGUAGUGGACCGCGUUUCCGAAUCGUUCCAGGGCCUGUUUUGGGCGAAAAUGGUCGAUCAAAUGUUCCUCGAAGUACAAGCAUUACUUCUUCGGCUUCAACGCCGUCCUUUGUCUCGCAGGUGAGCAGUCAAGACAUGCAAUUACGUCCCGUGCACUAUGUUAUGUUGAAUCAAGCUAACAAUGCGCAAACUCAACAAAAUCAGAUGCGUAAUGCUAAUGCAGCUGAACAAGCAAGCAUGGUUUCAAAAUGUGCGCGGUUCUUCAAAACGCUUAUACACCUUUCACAGCAACCUGAUCAACAACAAGGACAGCAGACUGCAGUGCGGGUAACCGAACUUGUUAAGUUAGUAAUAUAUGGUUCAAUGCCUCCAGAAGUGUUUACCAGUCGACUUCAAGAAGCGCUGCGCUCUCAAGCACAACCGCAUUUACUUCCGUUUCUUCAGAAGACUUUACCAGCGCUGAGAGCAGCAUUACAAAAGGGUGAAGUUAUUAUUGAAGGAAUCGAUGCCACUGCUUCACAACAUCCACCACUUCCUGAUAUGCCUCAGCCUCCUACACAAUGGGAUACAAGUACGCAACGAACAAAUAAUGAAAAUUCUUACAUGUCACAGAGGUCUUCAAGUGUUGCUCCGCCGUCAUCAUUGAUUAGCAGCGCAGGAAGUUAUACGAGAACCGAAGGGAGUGAUGAAUUCUCAGUAGAAGAAUCGUCUAGUGAAGUUGAGGUUCGUACAUUACCUUCGAGUCAAACACAGUAUAAACUUUUGAAUGGGGAUGUCAUUGCUCGGAAAAUUCAGCGGAUAAUGCCUGAUGGAGGUAUCCCACAAGAUGAUGUGAUCGCGCUGAUUUCCCAGGCUGCGGAAUUUAGAUUGCGGGUAAUGCUUGCCAAAUUAGCUAUUGUUGCGGAGCACCGUUUGGAACCUCUUCGAAAUCAUCCUUAUUAUCGCCCAAUUGAUGAUACUCGCCGACAGCUUCGUUUCGUGGAAGAAUUGGAACGUUUAGAAUAUGAAAGAAGAGAAAAUCGUGAAAAAGAAGCAUUAAUUCGACUCAGUAAAACUAAAGGGAAAGACAAAGACACUCUAGUUGAGAAAGCAAAACAGUUGCAAAGAGCUGAUCAGGAAGCUGCACGAAAUCGGGAUGCCAAUGCUGCCGCAAUAGCAGCGUUAGGUGGAGGGAAGAUAAGCAAGAAACCUUGGUCCGAAACAAGUAAUCCUUUCGAUCAACCAAUAACUGCUGGAGUUUCACUUCAGACUCAUCGCCCUCGCACAAAACGAGUUACUAUGCGAGAUCUGCAGCUGGUGAUUGCUCAAGAUCCGAUAUCUCGAACAUCGCAACUGAGACAUCGUUUAGCUUUAUUCAAUUAUACAACUGAUACUGUUUCGGCAUAA